ACCUCAAUCAUCCGUGCUUCUUCUCCUCAUCGCUGCUCCAUACUGUUAACAGUUCAUUCAGUAUUACUCCUCCUCAUAUCAUCACCACACCACCUGAAAUUAUUUCCCUCUCCCAAGGAGACUACAACUCCCCUCAAUCCACCCUGCUAUACCCUGAAUUGCCCUUCGUUAUCACCUCCUCUUCAAGCCUCCUCCUUCCCUUGCAGUUCCGACCACUGUCUUCCGCUCCCUUACCUAACCGUUCUACUUGUCCGCUUUUGCGCCGCCAACUCCGGGGUGGAGCCCAGCCCGUCAGAAGUGGACGAUAGUACGUAUUCUCCUUGGAAACUAGCUCUCCUUAGUCGUUAGUCGCCACGGGGUCACCACAGCCGUCUCGUCUAUUGCUGAGUAUUGUUGUGAUCAUCACUGCUCUUGCAAAGAGCUUCGUCGCACCUCCCCUACCUUCGCCCUUCAAUUGCCGCGCCGCGCCCUUUCGCCAUGGCGCAAUACUUCUUCGACCUUCUCUACAGCUUCACGGAUUGCAUGUGCUGCUUUCCUAGCACGCCGCAAUUGAAGAUCAAUAGUCGUAGCUUCAAAUUGCUCCGCCUUUUAGGUGAAGGCGGUUUCUCCUACGUCUACCUCGUCCAAGACAAAGCGACCUCCGAAUUGUUCGCGCUCAAGAAAAUCCGAUGCCCCUUUGGCCAAGAAUCUGUCUCCCAGGCCUUGAAGGAGGUCGAGGCCUACAAUCUGUUCACAUCGCACAGCAACAUCAUCCAUUCCAUUGAUCACUGUGUUUCCACUGAACCCGGCUCCAAAUUCCGCUCCGACGGCGGCGAACCUGGCUCCAAGACCGUUUACAUCCUAUUACCUUACUACCAACGCGGAAACCUUCAAGAUGCGAUCAACGCCAAUCUCGUCAAUCAUUCCCGUUUCCCGGAGAAGAGGCUGAUGGAGUUGGUGUUGGGAGUCGCCCGGGCAUUGCGCGCCAUGCACCAGUAUCGUGUCAAGAGCGGCUCGGGGCCGACCCGCAAAGCCAAGGCUGUCAGGAGGGAGGGAGCCGAGGCAGACGCAGACGCCGCUGUUCGCAAGGCAAAGACCAAGCGACGAGCCAGCCAAAAUGCAGAUGACGAUGACGAGGAAAAUGAGCCUUUGAUGGAUGACGAAGUGACCAUAAGUCAGGAAGGAGUGCAGGACGGUGACCUCCGUCCGUACGCUCACCGAGAUAUCAAGCCGGGGAACAUCAUGAUCGCCGACGAUGGUCGUACGCCCAUUCUGAUGGACCUUGGGUCGCUGGCACCCAGUCCGAUCGCUAUCACCUCUCGCUCGCUCGCUCUAGCGGUCCAGGAUACUGCAGCGGAGCACAGCACAAUGCCCUACCGGGCGCCCGAGCUGUUCGAUGUCAAGACGGGCUCGAUCAUUGAUACCAAAGUGGAUAUCUGGUCUCUUGGUUGUACCCUCUACGCCUGCCUGGUGGGCAAGAGUCCCUUCGAAGCUCGGAGCGAAGAGACUGGCGGCAGUCUGAGUAUGUGUGUACUAGGUGGAGACUGGCGUUUCCCUGACGAAAAGUCGAGUGCAACUAAAGGGAAAGGGAAAGCUGGUGACAACAACAACAACCGUGACAAUGCCAUGGCAAUCAGUGAGCCUGUGAAAGAAGUUGUGCGCAAGUGUCUACAGGUCGAGCCUGCAGACCGGCCAGACAUUGAUGAAUUGAUUCAGAUCAUACAAGACGUCAUCAAGGAGCUACCAGAUGAUGAUGAGGUUCCCGGAGGCUCGAGCUAAGCCAUCUACUGGAGCCACCUUUUCCUAUUGUUGCCUUAGCAUGUUACUUGCAGAUACUUGCUUUUUGAUUCUCCAUCAAUGCCGGCCCUCGUCAGCUGUGCUGAUCGUUGGAUUGCCUGGUGUAUCAUAUGAAAUGAUUUGAAUGUUGAACAUAUCUCCUUCCGCGUUAAUAGGUAUAUAAUAGUUGUAUCAAUAUCUCAG